UACCGUUUUAAUAUAACGCCGCUGGAGCGCUGCAGUCGGCACUUAGCGCAUGCGCGCUGUGUACCUACAUCUGUUGGGAAGCCACAAACGCCAUUACGGAGCCAGUCGAUUCUGUUUACUGUUGUUUGUGUGUUAUUGAAAUGCCGCCGCUCAUUGAGAAUCCCGCCGACUGCGAAGUGCGUGCCGUUAUUCGUUUUCUCAGUGCUAAAGGCUCGAAAGCGGCUGAAAUUCAUCGCCAAAUCAGUGAAGUUUAUGGUGAAAGCGUUAUGAGUGAAGGAAUGGUACGAAAAUGGGUUAGGGCCUUUAGUAAUGGCCGCACAAACAUUCACGAUGAGGAACGAAGUGGGCGACCUUCAGUCAUUAUCGACGAUUUGAUUGAAAAAGUGGACUGUAGAGUGAAAGAGAACAGACGAUUCACGAUUUCAUCUUUAUCUAAAGAGUUUCCUGCAGUUUCAAGAAGUGUUCUCUAUGAAAUUGUGACCGGACGAUUAAAUUAUCGGAAGUUGUGUUCCCGUUGGGUGCCGAAAAUGUUGACGGAGGAGCACAAAACCAAACGUUUGGCCAGUGCAUUGACUUUUCUUGAGCGCUACAGUGACGAAGGAGAUGAUUUUUUAAGUCGUAUUGUUACAGGCGAUGAAACGUGGGUAGCCUACGUUACACCGGAAUCAAAGCAACAAUCCAUGGAAUGGCGACAUUCAUCAUCUCCAAGGAAAGUCAAGUUCAAGCAAACAAUUUCUGCUCAGAAAAUCAUGUGCACGGUGUUUUGGGACAGAUACGGAGUGUUGCUUGUUGAUUUUUUAACUGGAGAUAGAGGUCAAAACGAAGGUGACUCAGCUCUUGGUCUCUCCAAGUAUUUGAAUCUCUCAGUUAAUGCCAGAAUCAUGCCGAGAGUCAACUUAUGGGUGCAAGGAGGUCUCGUCAAUGGUUCAUUAAGAACUAUACGCUACAUUAUAUAUGCUCCUAAUGCUCGCCCUCCAGCUCUUCCUCUGUUUACUUUAGUGGAAUUCGAUAGCUAUCAGGGACCUUUCAUCUAUGGUAAUCCGUUUCCAAUAAUCCCCAUAACACGCUCUUCGAACGAUGGCAGCAUAUUAUGA